CAAACUUCCUCCUGACAUUCGUGAGAGAGACUGCAAUUGCCUCCAACGUGUUUGAGUCGCAAAGUCUGCUGAAGUGUGUGGUUCUCCAGUGUUCUAGUCAAAGGCUUUGAGAUGGCAGCUCUCUAUGAUGUUGGACCUGUCUUCAGUCACAUUGACCUUCACUGUGAGAAGAACAACAAAGAGCACAGGACUGCAGAGAUCAGUACCAAACGUCUGAUAAUCCGGCGAGGCCAGACUUUCCACGUCACCAUCCACUUCAAUAAAAAUCAGUAUGAUCCAGAUAAUGACAGAAUUAGACUUGUUGCUCAGACAGGGCCAGAACCUUCAGAGACCUCGGGAACUAAGGUAUUGUUUCCACUGACAGACUCCAUAAAUAGAAAGCGAUGGAGUGCAGUUGCUGAAUCCUUCUCCAGAGGCAAAUUAUCCUUAGAAAUAUCUUCAUCUCCAAACGCGAAGAUUGGCCAUCACAUCUUAAUUCUCCAGAAGCAGUCUUCGACCCAGACUGAGAGUUAUCAGCUAGGGGAGUUGGUACUGCUUUUCAAUCCAUGGUGCUCAGAGGAUGAAGUCUUCCUGAAAGACAAUGAACAGCUAAAGGAGUAUGUGCUAAAUGAGCAAGGAAUUAUCUUUACCGGCUGCACCGAUUAUAUUCAAAGCCUACCUUGGAACUAUGGACAGUUUGAAGAGGAUAUAUUGGAUAUCUGUCUUAAGUUACUAAACAACAGCCCCAAGUAUCUGAAAAAUCCAGCAAAGGACAUAAUGCGUCGAUCUUCUCCUGUUUACAUAUGUAGGACAGUGUCUGCUAUGGUGAAUUGCAAUGAUGACAAUGGAAUACUUUUUGGCAAAUGGGAUAAUCCUUAUACUGAUGGAGUAUAUCCAGGAAAAUGGAAUGGAAGUGUUGCUAUUCUCCGACAAUGGAACAACAGUGGCUGUCAGCCGGUUUGCUAUGGACAGUGUUGGGUCUUUGCAGCUGUGGCCUGCGCAGUGUUGAGGUGCUUGGGAAUUCCUACCCGUGUUGUCACAAACUUUGAGUCUGCUCAUGACACCAAUGGGAAUUUAACAAUUGAUACGGAGUAUGAUGAUGAAGGGAUGGAUCUUGAAAGAUCAGAAGACAGUAUAUGGAAUUUCCAUGUCUGGAUAGAAUCUUGGAUGGCACGAUAUGAUCUGAGGCCUGGCAAUGAUGGAUGGCAGGCACUUGACCCAACACCACAAGAAAAAAGUGAAGGAGUUUACUGCUGUGGCCCAGCCCCAGUUAAAGCUAUCAAAGAAGGGGACAUAGAUGUACUCUAUGAUGUUCCCUUUAUAUUUGCUGAAGUCAAUGCAGACUGUGUGACAUGGAUUUGUUCUGAUAAGGGGAAAAGGAUGAAAAUUGACUCCGACACCAAACACGUUGGACAAAAGAUCAGCACCAAGUGUGUUGGUAGUGAUGAACGUGAAGAUAUCACGAACAAUUAUAAGUAUUCAGAAGGCUCCCAUCUAGAAAGACAUGUUGUUAAAAUGGCUGACAAAAGAAGGGUCGCUCAGAAGCCACAGAAACAACUUGACUUGUAUUUGAAGGCUGAUGGUCCAAAUUACAAUGGAGCCAAUGUUAAAAUAUCUGCCGUCAUCUCCAACAAGAAUUCAAAGAAUAAGGUUUACACAUUCAAAUUAAGUGCUUUCAAAAAGAAAUACAGUAAGCACUCCAGAGGAAUAUGUAUAAAGAAGUAUCAGGAGGAUAUCACUGUUCAUUUCAAUGAGGAAAAAAUAGUGGAAAUGGAACUGACCUAUGAAGAGUAUGGGGAGUUUCUUGACAAGUAUAAUCUAAUCAGGCUGACAGCUCUUGCAAUUGAUGGAGAAACGCACGAAAGUGUAUUUGCAUUGAAGGAUAUCUCCUUGAUUAAUCCUGAUAUUACAAUGCAGGUAUUAGGAACACCUGUGGUUUCACAAAAGCUGAAUGUAGCAAUCAGUUUUGAAAAUCUUUUACCUGUGCCACUGAACAACUGUACCUUCACUCUUGAGGGAGCUGGUCUGAUUGAUGGUCAGUUGGAAAUUGGGCUUGGCCAGUUAGAUCCUGGAGAAGUGAUUAAAAAGAAGGUUUCAUUCAUUCCCAGCAAAACAGGACUGAAGAAGUUGACCACUGAUUUUGAUAGCGACAAGCUGAAGGAUGUGAAAGGUUAUCUAAAUAUUGAUGUUCAAGAAGGUGGAAUAUGAUCCGAAAAGUUCCGGGAUAUUUCACAGAAUAUGUAAUACAAAUUUGUUCAGCCAUUUUUUUUUAGAAUUUUAGACUUUUGCAGAAAUUAGAGGCAUAUUGCUUUUAGUUGGCACAUUUGAGGUUUUCACUUGUUGCAAAUACAUUCUCAGCAUUAUUACUUGUGCGAUUUGUAUACUGUAUGCUUGUCUGCUUGAGAAAUCACUGAUUCUAGAUUGUCUCGCUCUUGUAUGUAAUUGUGUUUACCCCAAUACUCGGUUUGGGUAGUGGUGGAAUCACCAAUAUCACUUAGUGGCAAAAACAUCUGAAACUGUUCAACUAAUUAAAAAUCUUGAGUUCUUAAAAUUUCACAAUUCUGUCAUUGGAAGUUUAGUUUCCUUGACUUGGCAUUAAAGAGAGGAAUUAAUUUCUCCCUUUGCACUUAGAUGUAAAAUACUUGUUGGUCAGUUACUAAGAAUUAUUUGUAAAUUGAUGUUCAGUCACUGAGCUGAUAACUGAUUCAUGGUGAUUUCCAGAGCACAAAUUUUGACUUUGUGCUUUACUAAGGGUAAGAGGCUGAUUGCAUCGAUGACAAUGUGGUUUCUUCUCCUGCCUAUUUUCACCUAUUCACCAUAUGUCGACAAUCAAUGAUGAGGGAAAUGUGGAUAAAAGGAAGAAGCUAGCUUUGGUCUAAUUGAAAUGUUCUGAGCUGAUUUUGUAAAGAACUCAUUUUACAGAAUUUGUUGUGAGCUGCAUAUUUUUGAUUGCUUAAUAGCACAAUCAACUUUUGAUGUGGAAAUGUUAACUUACCAAUCUGGAGUUUCUUAAUUCAUCUGUUGUCCAACCUUGCCCCUUCCUUCAGUGACAUUACCUGCGGACAACUUACUCCAAUCAAUUUGCAGGUGACCUGGUCGUUAAAACCACAUCAUUUUUAUUACUGAAUUGUAAUAUUUAAUUAUGUGAUUUCAAACAUUUGCAACAUUUUCAUUUCUGCCAUUGGUCACAAAGUGCAACAUAUGGUGUAGUAUGACUUCCAUUUUCUUCAAUUUUUCAAUAAAUGAUAAAAUGUGAAUUUGUAUGAGUAUAAGGGCAAUAUACUGGGAUUUUUUUUAUUACUGCUGAUUUUAAUUGUGGCUAUUCUGGGUGACAUUGUUUUUGAUAGCUGAUUGAAAUAAACCAUACAUAGAAUGAAUUCGUUAAACUUAUUUUAUCAGGCUCUAAUCAUGACCUUAUCUGCAGUUUUCAAAGGGAAUGUGAAAGAAAUAAG